AUGUCUGACUCAAAAUCUUCCUUUCACCCUGCUCUCGUUGUAUCUAACAUCAGGAACCACGUUCCCAUCACUCUUGAGAUGGAAAACGUGCAAUACAUGACAUGGGCGAAACUCUUCAAAAUUCUCGCACGCUCCCAUAAAGUAAUUGAUCAUAUUAUUCCUCCAGCGAAAAGCAAGGAGAAAGUUCCUCAAACAAAGGAGGAGGAAGAACUAUGGUCGACCCUUGAUGCUACCGUUCUUCAGUGGAUUUACGCCACUAUUUCUCAUGAUCUUUUAGAUACCAUUCUUGAACCUGACACCAUGGCAAUGGAGGCUUGGAAUAGAUUGCGUGACAUAUUCUAG